AUGUCUGGACGUGGUAAGGGAGGAAAAGGACUCGGAAAGGGAGGCGCCAAGCGUCACCGAAAGGUUCUGCGUGAUAACAUCCAGGGUAUCACGAAGCCCGCAAUCCGCCGUCUCGCUCGUCGUGGUGGUGUGAAACGCAUCUCUGGCCUCAUCUACGAGGAGACCCGAGGUGUCCUCAAGGUGUUCCUUGAGAACGUCAUCCGCGAUGCCGUGACAUACACUGAGCACGCCAAGAGGAAGACCGUCACUGCCAUGGACGUCGUCUAUGCCCUCAAGAGACAAGGCAGGACUCUGUACGGAUUCGGCGGUUAA